AUAGAAGCUCGCCCAUAGUGGGCAUCCAAGUUGCUUCGGGGUCACGUUGAACUCUGAUAGCAGAGCCACCAGGUGGAAGGUAUUUCAAACGGUGUGUCUGCUUUUGACAAUGUCAGUACACCGGCUGCUGACGAGGCUCUGUGACUUGUAUUCGGCACCGCAUUCUGAACGAGGUCUCCGGCUGUAUAUAAAUAGGUCGUAGGAACAGCCAAGGGCCAUCGUCGUACUGCAAAACCCCUCCAGAAUGUCACCUUCAAAUAGGGUACAGACUCUGCGCGCCCUGGUCCAGCUCCUCGUCGGCGCCUCUGAACAGGUCAUUCAGGAAUGGGAGACGGAGGACCAGCUCCCAGCCGACCACUCUGCUACCAAUGUACCCUCGCCCGAGCUGUUCGAAUCACAGCGCAUCAUCCACGGGGCAUGCGGCAUGUGCAUGGAGCUCGUCGAAGACCCCCGUGUGCGUCUCCUGGAGAUAUCUAUAUCCUACGCGAUGACCCAGGCGCUGGAUACUACAGUUCGCGCGGGAGUGCCCGACAUACUGGCGGAGGCAGAGCCGUUUGACGGGAUAUCGGUUGCAGAACUGAGUCGACGGACGGGAAUUGACGAGCAGAAGCUCGUGAGAGUGAUGCGCGUCCUUUGCAGUGGCGGUGUCUACGAGGAGAUCAAGCCUUUGCGAUUUACGAAUACGCGCUACAGUCGCGUAUUCGUGGACAAUCCGCCUGCGCAGGCAUACCAGUGUCUCUAUGGUUCCACAUUUAAGCUGAUUGUCGAAGCCACGGAACAUCUGCCUGCGGCAUUGCUCGAUCCGAAAAUGACGAACUCUACGUCUCCUCUCGAAUGUGCAUUCCAGAGAGCGCAUGGAGAGAACAAGACGCUGUGGAGCUGCAUCGAGACGGGGGACGAAUUAGACCCUGUAAUGCAUAACGCUCGAGAGAUGUUUCCGCUCGCGAUGAUCGGUCAAGGACAAAUGGCCUCAUCUGCGCUCAUCGUUGACUAUCCGUGGGGAUCUCUUGGAGCGGCUACCGUCGUCGACGUCGGAGGCGGCGUGGGCAGCAUGUGUCUCGAUCUCGCCAAGCGCUUCCCCGAUAUGCGCUUCGUGGUCGAAGACUUGCCAGUCUCCAUCGAGAAAGCAAGGCCUGUAUGGGAUGCUGGAAUCCCCGGCGCAUCCGAGAAGGAGCGAGUGCAACUCGUCAUUCAUAACUUCUUUGAGAAACAGCCUAUCAAGGGUGCAGCUGUAUAUUUUCUGCGUUGUAUCAUGCACGACUGGCCGGACGACGAAUGUGUUGCAAUUUUGAGCAAACUACGAGAAGCCAUGGGCCCUGACUCGCGCAUUCUUCUCGCCGAGAUGAUCGUUCACCCUCCUCUGGGAUCGAGGCACCUCAAGGCUGCCCCCACGCCGUUGCCCGCAAACUACGGUCGUGUUGACGCGGUCAAGGGUAUGCACGACAUGGUCAUGCUAUCUAUGUUCAAUGGCAGCGAGCGCACACCCGAUCAGUUCGAUUCUAUCGCCCAUAGAGCGGGACUCAAGCUAGAGAAGGUAUGGGAGUGCCGAGGACCUCUCGGCAUCGCUGAGCUUCGGCAGCUGUAAUCAUCAUGCACCUCGCGAGUGCGUUUCUGCAUUGCCACGCUUAAGACAGCUACGUUGUGAUGCACACCUUUUCAGGACUAGGGAUCGGUUCUUCUUCUUGACACUGAGGGAUACGGUGAAGAACAUCAAUCUGGGACAAUGCCACAUAGUCCGUCGAUCAGCCUCGCUUCGCCCCCCAGCGUUGUUU